UACCCUGGAUGAAUUUGAGGCCCUGUACCAAGUUAACUUGUCUUCGCUUCAGCCACCACCCAUCCUCAGGGGUCCAGGCCCGCUCCUAGCACUGGGCAUCUACACUCUACUGCUGAUGGCACUGAUGACUACAGAUUUCGUGCACUUCUGCCGUGGUCGGGGACGGAGAGAAAAACAAAACUCCAGCGGCUGCCGCCGCCUUUCCUUUAGAGCCUCUUCCGCGCGCCCUCUACAGGUUCCAGUGGGAACAGACUAGGCGCUCGUGAAGCAGCCCUGAGCCUGAGCCUGCGCCUGCGCAACGCGAGUACCCCGCCCUUGCACAGACCCAACCACUUCUUGGCCUCGCCUUGUUUAGCGUAACACUGACGCAUUGCUGGGGCGGGGCAGUCGCCGGCAUCUCGCGGAUCCCAGGGACACCUUUGCUCUAAAGACUGCGCCUGCACUGGCUCUUGGAGCUUAGCUUCGUGAUGACUGUGAGUGGCCCGGAGACCCCCGAGCCCCGACCUUCCGACCCCGGGGCCAGCUCAGCCGAGCAGCUGCGGAAGGAGGGCAACGAGCUGUUCAAAUGCGGGGAUUACGAGGGCGCCCUGACCGCCUACACACAGGCCCUGAGUCUCGGCGCGACGCCCCAGGACCAGGCCAUUUUGCACCGAAACAGGGCUGCUUGCCACCUCAAGCUGGAAGAUUACAGCAAAGCAGAAUCAGAGGCGUCUAAAGCCGCCCUCACCUUUUCUGAGGCUGAAGCACCGAGCUCCACAUUCGUACCCCUAUCUUCCUUUGGCCCUCGAGAUCUAUCCCUACUGCUCUUGCCUGGAGACGGUGGCCUCCUGGGUGCUGAUAGAGUUCCUGUUUGUGCUCAGCCAUUGAAAAGGACGGUGGGGAUGUCAAAGCACUCUAUCGCCGAAGCCAAGCCCUAGAGAAGCUGGGCCGCCUGGACCAGGCUGUCCUUGACCUGAAGAGAUGUGUGAGCCUAGAACCCAAGAACAAAGUUUUCCAGGAGUCGCUGAGGAACAUUGGGGGCCAGAUUCAGGAGAAGGUGCGGUACAUGUCCUCCACAGAUGCCAAAGUAGAACAGAUGUUUCAGAUACUGUUGGACCCCAAAGAGAAAGGCACGGAGAAGAAGCAGAAGGCUUCUCAGAACCUUGUGGUACUGGCCCGAGAGGAUGCUGGAGCUGAGAAGAUCUUCCGGAGCAACGGGGUUCAGCUCUUGCAGCGCCUGCUGGACACAGAAGAGACUGACCUCAUGCUGGCAGCCCUGCGCACGCUGGUCGGCAUUUGCUCCGAGCACCAGUCGCGGACAGUGGCAACCCUGAGUGUCCUGGGAACUCGGAGAGUCGUCUCCAUCCUGGGUGUGGAAAACCAGGCCGUGUCGCUGGCAGCUUGCCACCUGCUGCAGGUUAUCUUUGAUGCCCUCAAGGAAGGCGUCAAGAAAGGCUUCCGAGGCAAAGAAGGUGCUAUUAUCGUGGAUCCUGCCCGGGAGCUGAAGGUUCUCAUCAAUAGCCUCCUGGAGCUACUGACCGAGGUGGGGGUCUCUGGCCAAGGCCGCGACAAUGCCCUGACCCUCCUCAUUAAAAUGGUACCCCGGAAAUCACCAAAGGACCCCAACAAUAGCCUCACACUCUGGGUCAUUGAUCAAGGUCUGAAGAAGAUUCUGGAGGUGGGCGGCUCCCUGCAGGAUGCUGCUGGUGAGCUCACGGUGACGGCAAACAGCCGCAUGAGUGCCUCCAUCCUCCUGAGCAAGCUGUUUGAUGAUCUGAAGUGUGAUGCCGAGCGAGAAAACUUCCACCGACUCUGUGAGAACUACAUCAGGAACUGGUUUGAGGGCCAUGGGCUGGCCGGGAAGCUACGAGCCAUCCAGACAGUGUCCUGCCUUCUGCAGGGCCCAUGCGACGCUGGCAACCGGGCCUUAGAGCUGAGCGGUGUCAUGGAGAGCGUGAUAGCUCUGUGCGCCUCCGAGCGGGAGGAAGAGCAGCUGGUAGCCGUGGAGGCACUGAUCCACGCUGCCGGCAAAGCCAAGCGGGCCUCGUUCAUCACUGCCAACGGUGUCUCUCUGCUCAAGGACCUGUACAAGGGCAGCGAGAGGGACAGCAUCCGCAUCAGAGCACUAGUGGGACUCUGUAAGCUCGGAUCGGCUGGAGGGACUGACUUCAGCAUGAAGCAGUUUGCUGAAGGCUCUACCCUCAAACUGGCCAAGCAGUGCCGAAAGUGGCUAUGCAAUGACCAGAUUGAUGCAGGUACUCGGCGCUGGGCAGUGGAGGGCCUGGCUUACCUCACCUUUGAUGCGGACGUGAAGGAAGAGUUUGUGGAGGACGAGGCUGCUCUGAAGGCCCUGUUCCAGCUAAGCAGGUCUGAAGAAAGGUCAGUGCUCUUUGCCGUAGGCUCGGCAUUGGUCAAUUGCACCAACAGCUACGACUAUGAGGAGCCUGACCCCAAGAUGGUGGAGCUGGCCAAGUAUGCCAAGCAGCACGUUCCAGAACAGCACCCCAAGGACAAACCAAGCUUCGUGCGGGCUCGUGUGAAGAAGCUGCUGGCGGCGGGUGUGGUGUCAGCCAUGACGUGUAUGGUGAAGACGGAGAGCCCCGUGCUGACGAACUCCUGUAGGGAGCUACUCUCCAGGGUCUUCCUGGCUUUGGUGGAAGAGGUGGAGGAUCGAGGUACUGUGGUUGCCCAGGGAGGGGGCAAGGCUCUGCUCCCCCUGGCUCUGGAAGGCACUGAUGUUGGGCAGACCAAGGCCGCCCAGGCUCUUGCCAAGCUGACCAUUACCUCCAACCCAGAGAUGACCUUUCCUGGCGAGCGGAUCUACGAAGUAGUCCGGCCCCUUGUCUCUCUGCUGCACCUCAGCUGCUCAGGACUGCAGAACUUUGAGGCCCUCAUGGCCCUAACAAACCUGGCAGGGAUCAGUGAGAGGCUCAGGCAGAAGAUCCUGAAGGAGAAGGCUGUGCCCAUGAUUGAGGGCUACAUGUUUGAGGAGCAUGAGAUGAUCCGCCGCGCAGCUACCGAGUGCAUGUGUAACUUAGCCAUGAGCAAAGAGGUGCAAGAUCUCUUCGAGGCCCAGGGCAAUGACCGGCUGAAGCUGCUGGUGCUGUACAGCGGCGAGGAUGAUGAGCUGCUGCGGAGGGCGGCUGCUGGGGGCCUGGCCAUGCUCACCUCCAUGCGGCCCGCACUCUGCAGUCGUAUCCCUCAAGUGACCACACACUGGCUGGAGAUCUUGCAGGCCCUGCUCCUCAGCCCCAACCAGGAGCUGCAGCACCGGGGCACCGUGGUGGUGCUGAACAUGAUGCAGUCUUCGAAGGAGAUCGCCGGCACCCUGAUGGAGAGUGAGGUCCUGGAGAUCCUGUCAGUGUUGGCCAAGGGCGAGGAGAGCCCAGUCACCAGGGCUGCCGCAGCCUGCCUGGAGAAAGCAGUGGAAUAUAGACUCAUCCAACCCAACCAGGACGGAGAGUGACGAUCGGCCCGGGGCCCACAGCUCACGCAUCUGUCACCCUUCACAGCUCUGAGUCAGCACUGGGAUGCUCGAUACUUGCCUCGCCUCCACAGCUGCCACAGUUGCACUUUGGUGUUCUCAGGACACACAGCAUACAGCCCUGCCCUGCCAGCACUCAGGAGGGCCCUGUCUGUACUGUAGAGAGCUGAGGCUGGGGGACGUACAUCCCAUUCAAGCCUGAGGAUUAUGGGCAUCAAGAAGGAAGGACACAACAGCAUCCUCACAUGCUGGGAGCAUCAUCAGAGCCUGCCAGCAGGCUCACCCCGCUAAUAAAUUCUGUGGAACUAAA